GUGACGGCUUCUUCAUUUUGCCGCCAGCAGAGAGGCAGAGGUUUCAGUCUUCCACUCGCACCGAGAGCCAUGGGACGUGUUAUCCGAGCGCAGCGUAAAGGUGCGGGAUCCGUAUUCAGGUCCCACACGCACCACCGGAAGGGACCGGCCCGGUUCCGGAGCCUGGACUUCGGCGAGCGAAAUGGAUAUCUGAAAGGAGUGGUCACCGAAAUCAUUCACGAUCCCGGCCGUGGAGCUCCGCUCGCCAAGGUCACCUUCCGGCACCCUUUCAGGUAUAAGAAGCAGAACGAGCUGUUUGUGGCCGCCGAGGGCAUGUACACCGGCCAGUUCGUCUAUUGCGGCAAGAAGGCCACCCUCAUUGUUGGCAACGUUUUGCCACUAAGAUCUAUCCCCGAAGGUGCAGUCGUCUGCAACGUGGAGCACCAUGUCGGUGACCGUGGUGUCUUGGCUAGGGCUUCUGGUGAUUAUGCCAUCGUUAUCAGCCACAACCCCGAUAAUGAUACCACAAGGGUAAAGCUUCCAUCUGGUUCCAAGAAGAUCGUUCCAAGCAGCUGUCGUGCAAUGGUUGGGCAGGUUGCAGGUGGAGGUAGGACUGAGAAACCUCUUCUUAAGGCUGGUAAUGCUUACCAUAAAUUCAGAGUGAAGAGGAAUUGCUGGCCAAAGGUACGUGGUGUAGCUAUGAACCCUGUUGAGCAUCCUCAUGGAGGAGGUAACCACCAGCAUAUUGGACAUGCAAGUACAGUCAGGCGUGAUGCUCCUCCUGGCCAAAAGGUGGGUCUCAUUGCUGCAAGGAGAACUGGUCGGCUUAGGGGACAAGCAGCAGCAACAGCUGCCAAGGCUGAUAAGGCUUAAGGAGUUUCACCUUCUUUUUUUCAAAAUCUAGAUUACGCUGUUUUGAAAUUGUUUUCUUUUUGAGUUGUUAUCUGAAGACCAAGGAAGGCUUUUUUUGGUAGAAAUCUGUUAUAUUGUGGAGAUUUUGUUGAUCUAUUUAUUGAUAUUUGCAAUUUGAGUUAGUAGUUUA